AUGUUUGCGAGGAAACGGCUCAGUCGUGGGGUAACGAAAAAGAACCUGAGUGGUUCGCGAGAUGUGGACCAAAGCCCCGUAGUUCAAGUGCGAAGGAAACAAACGUAUGGGCCUAAUCCACGUCUUGGCAACCGGUUUCCUAAAGCCGAUGGUGCCACAGCCAUUGACAAAACCAUCAAAGAAUACGUGGAGCUUACCGCAUCCAAGGGAGUAAAAGGAUUUCAAGAUGAAUUCAAGAAAAUGGCCAGUUAUAGAGCGCCUAAUGACUUGUAUAAAUACGAGUCAUUUAAUCUCAAUCAGAAGAGAAAUCGAUACCCCGAUGUUAUCUGUUUGGAAUCUACUCGUGUACGUUUAACCCAAGACGUGCCACCAUCCACUGAUUAUAUUCAUGCGAAUUGGGUAAAGUUUGACAAACACGAUCGAACUUUUAUCGCAACCCAGGCACCACUAGAAAAUACAAUUGAUGACUUCUGGCGAAUGGUUUUCCAAGAACGUUGUUCGAGCAUUGUGAAUUUAACCCAUAAAAAAGAAAAGGAUAGCAUGAAGUCCGUAAUGUAUUGGCCAGAGUUUGCUGGAAGUUUUAAGACAUACGACAAAAUGUUUGUUAAUACAAAAAAGAUAGAGUACGAGAAUAAGCUUCCAAUCUACACUAUUGAAUUAGUUCCGGAAGGAUGCUCAGAUUCUCAUGUUGUUAAAAUGAUUCACAUGUCAAAUUGGCCAGAUAAAGGUGUACCUACUAGUGGGCGACAUGUGCUGCGGUUGCUCCGAAUGGUUGUAGCAAAUAGGCUCGACUGUGGUCCAAUAGUGGUACAUUGUUCAGCAGGGAUCGGUCGUACCGGCAGUAUUAUAUUGAUCGAUGUUAUUCUACGGAAGCUCUUCACUGGUGAACAUGUUGAUAUGGUUGAACUUUUCAAAGAGCUUCGAAAUCAACGUGCAUGGGCCAUAAAUAAUGAAUCCUUAUACGUAUUUGUUGUCUACAGUGUCCUCGAUUAUAUCAGGGCAAAAUAUCCAAAUAAAUUCAAGGAUGAGACGCAAAAAUUUCUCGACGAUUUCAGAGCGUUGCACCCGUCGAUGUGGUGA